ACCAAGCAAUCAAACCGGAAAAUGAUGCAAAACCGAAAUCGUUAAUUAACAGAGUUUCUCUCCAACGGAGAAAUCCAAAUGCUCGAUGGGCUCGAGUGUCGUAAAUCGAAUCAGAGUCCUGAGUUUCGGGAAGCUUCCACACAUCUCUGAUUCACUGUUGAGAACCCAUAAUCCUCGUAGCCUCUCCGUUCUCCUUCAUCAUCGGAAUCAAACUCUUCUUUCGUUUCGCCGUCGUUGCAUCUCCGCUGUUCAUCGUGGUUCUAGUUCUCUUCUUUGGCUUCGCUCAUCUCCUCCUCUCUCCUCCAUGUCAUCUCAGGCUGAAUCUGGGGCUCCCCAGCAAUCCGAUUCUUCCAAAACGGUGAGGAUGGUGAUAAAGGGAAGAGUACAAGGAGUGUGCUACAGGAACUGGACUGUCGAGAACGCAGAGCAGCUCGGGAUAAAGGGAUGGGUCAGGAACCGCAGAGACGGUUCGGUAGAAGCACUCUUCUCUGGACCAUCUGAAGCUGUCGAUGAGAUGCAGCAGAGAUGUCGUCGUGGGCCUCCUGCAGCCAUGGUAACUGGACUGGAGGCUUUCCCAUCCACUGAAGAACCUGGAACAAGUUUUGAAUACAGAUCAACCAUCUAAUUGAUUCUAUUUUAACUGAGAGGAGAAAGAGAGGCUUCUUUGAAUGUUUGCCAUGUAUGUUAACAUAAUAAGAAUGUGUCUUUGAUCAUUUCCACCUAUACAUUUGAUAUUAGUAAUUUUGUAUUCUCAAUAUCUUUGAUCAUUGGGUUAAUCGAGAUCAAAGAGUGUUCUUCUU